AGUCUCGCAAGCGCCGCAAGAAAAAAGUCUCGCAAGCGCCGGCGGCCACGAGAGCAGCCUCGGCUCCGACCGAUCGCCGCCAGCAGUAGGCCGACCUCCGGCGGCUGGCGAGCAAGCCAUGAGCCAGCGAGCUGGCGAGAUGGCAGAGCCAGAGGCGCGGAUCACCACUGUGGGUUCUUCAGCCUUCAGGUUCAGAGUAGACUACGAGCAAAGCAAGAAGCUUCCCAUUGGCAAGGCCAUCCACUCCGACGUCGUCUCCGCCGGUGGACACCACUGGAGGAUCGAGUUCUUCCCGCGUGGCCAGAGCGAGGCCGAAAAGGGCGAGUAUGUCUCCAUCUUCUUCAGGCACAUGAGCAAAACCAGAAGGAUCAGAGCCAUCAUCGAGGCCUUCGUCAUUGGCAGCGACGGCAAUCCAUCUGCGCCGGACAUACUGCAGAGGACAUUUCAAACCUUUGAAAUCAACGGAGAUAAAGGCCGCCACGACUCCUGGGGAUGGAAUCGGUUUGCCAAGGGAGCUAUUCUGGAGAAAAUUUUCUUAGCAGAGAGGCACGUCACGUUUGUAUGCGCCAUCAUACUCAUUGAUGACAAACCUGCUAUUCUUGUCCCGCCUUCAGAUAUCGGGACUCAUCUUGGCCGCCUGCUUGAUCGUACUGACGGCACAGAUGUGUCAUUCAUCGUUGGUGAUGAGACAUUCCAUGCUCACCGGGCGGUGGUUGCUGCCCGCUCACCGGUCUUCAGAGCACAGCUCUUCGGUUCCAUGUCCGAGGCUACAAUGUCAUCCAUUAGAUUGCACGACAUCACGCCUGCAACAUUCAAAGUUAUGCUUGGGUUUAUAUACAUGGAUGAAUUCCCCGGAGAAGACGAGUCUAAUGACUAUUCCACUGAGAUGCUCCAGAAUCUACUCGCCGCGGCUGAUCUAUACGCACUUGAUCGGCUGAAGGUUAUCUGUGCCCAGAAGUUAUGGAAUACAGUUUCAGUAGAUACAGUUGCAACUAUGUUAGCUUGUGCCAAAACCUAUAACUGUCAGGAAUUGAAGAACAACUGCAUUGACUUCUUCGCGGUGGAAGCAAAUUUUAAAGAGGCCAUGUUCACUGAUGGUUAUGCUUUGUUGCUUCUAAAAUUCCCAUCGAUUACCGCUGAGCUCAAAAGGAGGGUUCGGGCAUAAACACGUGUAUACUUCAGGCGUUCAAGCAUAGUUUUAGUAUGGUGUUUUGGUUUUGGUGAGUGGUAUCUGACAUCUUGUGGAUCAUAUAAUCUGUAUUUGCCGAGGAGGGAGCCUGGAAGCUAGAUAUUGUAGAAUCAUGUUC